GCGCGGGGCUCUCGGUCUAGGGCGGGUGGGGCCCCCGUCGCCCGGCUUUCCCCGGUGCCAGGCGCUGACGCCAGGCGGGGUCCUCCGGCUCGCCUCCAAAUAAGGGCUUCCUGCUUCCCAUAUAUGGCCAUGUACGUCAGGGCCGGGGCGGGCUGCGGCCGGUGGGAUCCGAUAUAUAGAGGCUGCUCCGGAGUGGGCGAGGAGCCGAGCGCUACCAGCGGGCAGCGGGGGGAAGCCCCGGGCCGUCCGGCGGGCGGGAGGCGAUCGCUUCCAGCGGGCAGCGCUGGGCGGCCGCGGCGCAAGGGCAGGCGGCAGGCAGCAGGCAACGGCCGCCUCGCCGCAGCCGGCCCGUCCUCGGGCCCGCGGCGGCGGCGUCACCCGUCGGAGCCCGAACCCGGCUCCCUCAUGGCUGCGGCCAAGGGAGAGAUGCAGCUCCUGCCCUCGCUGCAGAUCUCCGAUCCCUUCAGCGUCUUUCCGCACUCGCCUCCCGCCAUGGACGGCCACUAUCCCAAACUGGAGGAGAUGAUGCUGCUCAGUGGCGGGGGACAGCAGUUUCUUGCGCCUUCCGGGGCGCCUGAGAGUGCGGGCUUCGGCGUGGCCGGGGAGCCCGGCGAGCAACAUUUUGAGCACCUCGCGGCAGACACUUUUCCUGAGAUCUCCCUGAACAACGAGAAAACCAUGCCAGAAACCAGCUAUUCCAACCAAACAACACGGCUACCGCCAAUUACCUACACGGGGCGCUUCUCCCUAGAGCCGGCCCCAAACAGUAGCAAUUCCUUAUGGCCAGAGCCCCUCUUCAGCCUUGUCAGUGGGCUGGUGAGCAUGGCUAAUGCACCUCCCACCUCUACACCCUCUUCAUCAUCACCCUCCUCUUCGCAGAGUACCCCCCUGAGCUGUUCUGUCCAAGCCAGUGAGAACAGUCCAAUUUAUUCGGCUGCACCAACUUUCCCCACUUCCAGCUCUGAUAUAUUCCCUGAACCACAGACCCAGUCCUUUCCCAACCCCUCUGGAGUCCCCAUCCAGUAUCCACCUCCAGCUUAUCCGACUGCUAAAACCAACUUCCAGGUGCCAAUGAUCCCGGAUUACCUGUUCUCUCAGCAACAGAGUGAGCUCAACCUUAUCUCAGCUGACCAGAAGCCCUUCUCAGCCCUUGAAACCAGAGCACAGCAGCCUUCCCUCACACCGCUGUCCACUAUCAAGGCAUUUGCCACACAGACUGGCUCUCAGGAGUUGAAGACCCUCAACACUAACUAUCAGUCCCAGCUGAUCAAGCCCAGCAGGAUGAGGAAAUACCCUAAUCGUCCCAGCAAGACACCACCUCACGAACGGCCCUAUGCUUGCCCAGUGGAGUCCUGCGACCGGCGAUUUUCACGGUCUGAUGAACUAACUCGUCACAUUCGCAUCCACACUGGACAGAAACCUUUCCAAUGCCGCAUUUGCAUGCGGAACUUCAGCAGGAGUGACCACUUGACCACACACAUCCGCACACAUACAGGAGAGAAGCCAUUUGCAUGUGACAUUUGUGGCAGAAAAUUUGCCAGAAGUGAUGAGAGGAAGAGACACACUAAAAUCCAUCUUAGGCAGAAGGACAAGAAAGUGGAAAAGGCAGCUUCAGUCUCAACUACUUCUUCCCCUGUUGCUGCCUACUCAUCCUCUGUGGCUACGUCCUACUCUUCCUCCAUAGCCACCACUUACCCCUCACCAGUGCGCACAGUGUAUUCCUCCCCUGCUUCCUCUUCCUAUCCCUCCCCUGCACACACGGCAUUCCCAUCCCCAUCUAUAGCAACCACGUACCCCUCUGUCACUGCCACUUUUCAGAGCCAAGUGGCCACUUCCUUCCCAUCUCCUGGGGUUACCAAUAAUUUCAGCUCACAGGUGACUUCAGCACUUUCAGACAUGACAUCAACCUUUUCUCCAAGGACAAUUGAGAUUUGCUAAGAUUACCUUCUGGAACAGGAGCAUUCACCUCUUCCACUGGUACUAUGAGACAUGGAGUCUUCAGUUACUCCCCCAACACUGUAUGUUGCAAGGCUAUCUAAUAUUUCUUUAAAAUUCAGCUGCCUGAAAAAAAAAAAAACUGCUGUUUAAGUUUUCCACCACUGUUGAUUAACUUAAUUUGCAUGGACUGUGGAUAUAAGUUCAGUAUAAUUUUCCCCAUAAACAAACAAUAGUAUUUUAUUAGGAGGAAAGGACCUUUAAUUAAGCACAUAGCUGAUGUAAAUUGUAUGUGUGCCAUGGUUUUGCUUUCCUUUAGGUACUGUUGAUGUUGAAAAAGUUUUGCAUAUCCAUGUUGUAUUAUUUGGAGUUUGCAGGGCCAUAUUUUGUAAAUGUUAAUUCUAUUUUAGUGGCAAUGCUCUAACGAGUUUUAAACUUCUUUGGGUACAGCACUUACUGUAUUUGAGCAUGUAAGAGUGAUGUUAUGUAAAAAUCACCUGAUAAGACACUCAAAUGUGGCAGAAGUUUUGUUUUUAAAGUUACAAGUCUUGGUGCCUUUUUGUGAAGCCUUGCUGAUGUCAUGCAUUUGUGUGAAUAGAUGCUUUGCAUCUUGCCUUAAAGCAAAAGGGAUGUUAUGCAAAGAAUGUAAGAGAAAGCAGGGAAUGGGUGGGGAAGGGAGAACUAGUAUGCCCCGGGAGACAGAAUAUAAGCAAAAAAACCCCACAGAAACAAAUAAGAAACAAAUUAAAAACAACAACAACAAAAACAAAACCCCACUUCUCAAAGUCUAUUUUUGUUACAAAAAUGUAAAUUUAUAAGUACAUAUAUUCAGGAGUUGGAAUGUUGUAGUUACCUACUGAGUAGGCAGCAAUUUUUUGUAUGUUAUGAACAUGCAGUUCAUUAUUUUGUGAUUUAUUUUUACUUUGUAAUUGUGUUUGUUAGAAUGAAAGUGACUGUUUGGCUUCUAAAUACAUUGAAUGCGCUUUCCUGCCAAUGGGAUAUUUGGUGUACCAAUGUCCUUCAGAAAAUGUAAUAAAAAACAAAAUCAAAUCAUGUAAGUUUUCACAUUUUCCUUUAAGCUGCCACAUAAGAAGCCUGCUGCAGCAAACCCGACUGCUAGGAAGUAACGGGUGCUAUUUGUUUCCUGGAGAAGUACCUUCAUGAAGAAAGGAAGGAGUAUCAGUCACUCCUGUGUCCAGAAAUGCUGUCAAAAGUGUGGAUACAGCAAAUGCCCUUAAAUUGGUUGCAUCAUCUACUAUUUGGAAGUAAUCACAAUUCCUGUUUUCUGGCUUCUCCAGAAGCAUGUGAGCUUAUCACAGAAAGAAACACAAUGCUCCCAGUGCUGAAGGUGAGGCUUAAAAGUCAGAUUCUCAGCUAUGCAAAGACCUUACUGGGUAGUAGAAAGGGGAUGUCAAGACAAUGGCACAGUUUCCAGGCUGAAAAUAAAAUAAGCUCAGUAUGUGUGGCUGAUGGAUGGAAGGCAGGGAGAUGAGAGUUGUCAUAGCUUCUUCUGUUGCACAGCACAGGGCAUAAGAAGUGCAUGUGCUUGAUGGCCUUUAGUACAAAUGCUUUAGUGUUUGGAGAAGGAAAAUGCAUCCUUAUUUGAUGGUUUAAAAUAUAUUUCAGAGUGCGUGAACUCCCUAUGGAGUGAAUUCAGAGGAGUUUGCAGCUGUGAGAAGUAGCAGUGCAGAUCUAGAGGAGGGUUCUAGUGUCAGUCCUUCCAGGUAGGUUCUUUAAAGUACUCGAUAUCUACAGCUGUGAGGAGCUGAGAAGUAAAUACAGGAGUUGAUGCCUAUAUCUGGCAUAAUGUUCAAUGGGAAGCAGUUUCUGUAGGAGAUAGCACACCCUAAUACUUGCCAAAGUCAAGUCCACAGGCUUAGAAGUGCAACAAGCUGAAUUCCCUGGCUAGUUCCUCUUGAAUGCAGUCCUUAGAUUUUGGUCUAAACCGUGGCAACUUUUGCUUUGAACUGUUUGUCCACAUGCAUGACAGGAACAAAAGAAAACACGUGGCCUUCUGUGCCUGGUCUUUUUGUGGCCUUUGUCCAGGAAUAGGGAAGUAGAUUUCAGGGUUUCUGUGCAUAUUCUGUGAAGUCCUCCUGUUUCAUGCUGGUCUGAAGAGGACAAGUCUUAAGGAGUUUACUCCGUAGUUUUAUUGGGAGCGUGAGAAUUUUUUUUUAGAGGAGGCCACAGCGCCGCUAGAAAUCUCUCCCAAGGAGCUGUUUCCGGGGAAGCAGCAGGCAUUGCCAGCGGCUGGGAAACUUCCCCCCUUCUGAGCAAAUACGGUCUGGAGCCGGACAAGACGCGUGCUAGGGGCAGCACAGGCCCUCUCGUCAGGCCGCUGUCAGAAAAUUCGUUUGGCUGAUUUAAACCUCGGCGGUCUGUGAUUUGUGACUAGCUUCAGCUGUGAUUAUUAGUGACAGAAAAAAAAAAGUGCGUCAUCGCUGGCAGCAGCACAGCUGAUCUCGGGGGCACCGCGGGGACCCGGCGCGCUGUUCGGGAACGGCACC